AUGAUUUUGAAAUCGAUUGAUAGCAGUUUAGUAGCUUCGCUGCUACCAUCAGGUGCUACAGCUGUUGGAUUUGGGGAUUACGUCGGAAGUUCACGAAUUGAUAUUUCUACGUCGAUAACUCAAGACACUGGUUCUUUUUUCUUGUUAAGAGUCAAAGUCAAAGUCGUCUCUCCAUCCCCGACACUACUUCUGGUUCCAACCAGUUCAGAACUUUUCCAUCAUCGCAUCGUGCUUCUUCACUGUAAAAGAUCAACAGGAAUGGUACAAUUACGAAAAUACCCUUUUCUUAUACUUCUACUGAUCUACCUUGGAAUCCAAGUAGAAUCAGAUGCCUCUGAUCAUAGCUACAGUGAAGGUGAUACAAUCCCCUUAUAUGCCAACAAAAUAGCCCCAUUCCAUAAUUCUAGAGAAACAUAUGCUUAUUAUGAACUUCCAUUUUGUUCUCAAGAUGUUGUCAAAGAGAAGACGCCUAAUUUAGGAGAGAUGUUGAAUGGAGAUCAUCUUGUUUCAACUCCAUAUAAGCUUGAAUUCCUUGUGGAUAAAGAUUUUGAAGUAUUAUGCAAUAAGACACUGAGUAAAACAGAUGUUUCUAAGUUCAAAAGGGCUAUAGAGAAGGACUACUAUACGCAAUUAUACUAUGAUGACUUACCAAUGUGGGCUUUUAUUGGAAUGUUAAGAAAUAACGGAUAUGGAAGGAUCGAAACAGAGUAUUCCCUUUACAGACAUUUUGAUUUCCAAGUUUUUUAUAAUAAGGAUCAUGUUAUUGAGGUCAAUCUCCGAAUGCCUACAUAUUCAUUUACAGACAUUACCGAAGACAAGGAAGUUGAUGUGGGGUUUACAUACUCUGUUAAGUGGAAAAUGACACAACAAUCAUUUGAUAGGAGAAUGGAGAAAUACAUUGGUUCUUCCAUUUUACCUCACCACUUGUCUAUACAUCAUCACUCAAUUACAUACUCAAGUGUCAUACUCCUCAUUCUCAUCAUUUCCUUACUCACAUUUUACUUACUAGUCCUUCGCAAAGACAUUUCCAAGAACUCAAUCGAUGUAGAAGAGGAUCAAGUGAUAAGUAAUCAAGAAGAGAUAGGAUGGAAGAAUGUUCAUGGCGAUGUAUUUAGAUUCCCACAACACAAGUCUUUAUUUUCUGCGGCUCUUGGUGCUGGAAGCCAGUUGCUUGUAGUUAUCGUAGCAUUUCUUGCUCUAGGUCUCGUAGGUGUUUUUCAGCCCUAUAUGCGAGGAGUACUCUGGAAAACACUUAUCAUUUUAUAUGCACUAACAUCUUUGGUCUCCGGAUAUACUUCUGUUUCCUUCUAUUGUAAACUCGAAGGAACAAACUGGAUGAAGAACCUAAUACUCACAGGAGCAUUAUAUUUUGGGCCUCUCUUUGUUACUUUUACUUUCCUAGACAUUGUUGCAACAUUUUAUGGAUCAACUACUGCAUUACCAUUGAAAGCAAUAGUCAUGUUAUCUCUCUUGUGGAUAUUCAUAGCAUCACCAUUGCUUCUUUUAGGAGGCAUUAUUGGGAAAACCAGAAUGUCUGAAUUCCAAGCUCCCUGCAAAACCGCUAAAAUUCCUAGAGAGGUUCCUAAGCUGCGUUGGUAUAGGGGUGUUCUUCCUCAGAUGGCUUUAGCAGGAAUUUUGCCUUUCAGUGUUAUCUAUAUUCAGUUGUAUUACAUAUUUGCAAGUGUUUGGGGACAUCGCGUUUAUACACUUUAUAGUAUUCUGUCCAUAGUCUUCUUUCUUCUUCUCAUCAUGACUGCUUUAGUUUCUGUGGCACUGACAUACUUCCAGCUUGCUGCUGAAGAUCAUCAAUGGUGGUGGAGGUCAUUUUUGUGUGGUGGAUCUACUGGAUUGUACGUAUAUGUUUAUUGCAUCUAUUAUUAUUUCGAGAGAUCGGACAUGAAUGGUUUCAUGCAGACGUCCUUUUUCUUUGGAUAUAUGGGUUGUGCAUGUUUGGGAAUAUUUCUUAUACUUGGAACUAACAGGGAUAGGGAGUCACUUCUGUGUAAUCUGCUCGGUGUUCAUUUCUCCUUUUGGAAUUGAUCUCUCCUAUCACAAUUCUCUGUAUUUGAUGUGAUACUCAAUUGCUCCAUUUUUGUUAUCAUCCUCGGUGGGUUUAAUUGAGAAAAUAAAAAAGGUUGAGAAUGGAGGAAUCAUUCUCAGCCACUUAUUUAAUCUAAGAAUAAAAAAACACGGUGACAAACUUGUAAAUAUAUAAAUAACCUUCAAUCUCAAAUACGUAACUACAGAGAGUUCGAUAAAAGUUCGUUCAUUAUCAAAAUUUUUCCUCCAACCUUCAAUAAUCAUCCAGAUUUCUUCAAUUAAACCGGAAUUUCUUCGCUGUUCAUGAAAUUGGAAUCGAAGUUCUAGACUCGCAGUCAUAGUCGACAUUGAAGGACUCAGAAUCGGAUCUCAUAGGUUCCCAAUCGGAUUUUCGAAAAUCAAAAUCAAAAUGAGAA